AUGCGUCACUUAAAAUUCUAUUUAGAAUGGGCCAUUGGUCUGAAUCGGCUUAUGUUGAAAAUCGUCGGUUUGUGGCCACCAGACAAUCAAGACCCUCGACGGGCACUAAGAUCAAAAAUUCGGCUACUGUGCAGCUUUAUUAUGAUGCUUUUCAUACUGGCAAUACCAACUUUCGUAUCACUGAUAAGAGUAUGGGGCGACAUGCUGCUAAUAGUUGAUAAUCUAAUAUACACGUUACCUCUGUCGAUUGCUCUAUUCAAAGUUUGUAUUAUUUGGUACAAACAGGAAGCGUUAAUGCCUCUGAUUGAUAUGAUCGCGAGGGACUGGAUGAAACCAAAAUUGAAAGAAGAGCGGGACGUUAUGUUGAGGCUCGCAAAGACCGGUCGUAUGAUCGCUAUUUGUGGAUGGCCUAUGGCAAUCUUUCCAACGAUAACUUGUUUUGUCCUUCCAUAUUUUGGACUGACUAUCAGACAUGUGACAAAUCUGACCGACCCUGGCAAACCCUUGGCAAUGCAAGCGUACUAUUUGCACGAUGUUUCCAAAAGUCCGCAGUUCGAGUUGACACUACUGGCGCAAGGAAUCACUAUGCUCACAACGGGUGUCUCUUAUUAUGCGAUCGAUCACUUUCUUGGGUUGUUAGUCUUGCACAUGUGCGGUCAAAUGAAGAACCUGCAUAUGCGACUAACACAUAUGGAACGAUACACUAACUUUGACACAAUUUUAAAAUACAACAUCCAGGAUCACAUCCGCUUAAUCAGAUCCAUUGAAAUCAUCGAUGAUUCAUUCGACCUGUUGAUGCUUGGCAUAAUGCUGUACAUUGGCCUGAUAUUUUGCCUACUUGGAUUUCUCAUAGUUCAGGUUCUUAAUGAUGACGGCCAAUUGUCAUUUAUGCAAUUAGUUUGGUUCGUUGCAGUGACUGUAUGCGUUUUGUUGCAUAUGUGCCUUUACUGUGCCGUUGGCGAAACUCUCGUGACGCAAUGUGAAAACAUUCAUCGUGCCGCAUACGAAUACACAUGGUACACUUUAGAUCCAAAAACAUCCAGGAGCUUAAUUUUAAUAAUGCUGCGCGCAAGCAAGCCAUUGUACAUCACGGCUGGAAAAACAUUUCCCAUGACGAUGGCAACGUUUUGCAAUUUAUUGAAAACAUCAGCAGGUUAUAUAUCUGUCUUGCUUGCCAAUCAAGAUUAAAGACGACAUUAAGAAUUCUGUGCUCAAAUCUAAACGAUUAUUU